ACCGUUUCAUGCACAGUGAGAACUUGACUGCAGAAGAAGCAAGACUCAACACCGUAGAUGUGCUGAGAACGUCACGCAGUCACAACGGAAGCUUAGAAGAGAUUUGAUAUACGAUUUUACAAAGAAAAGAGCCCAGCCUCGCAUUUCACUUCCCUCUGAGAAAGGAUACAGCACCUGCUCUGUCUGUAAAGGCACAUAUGAUCUCUCUGUGCUCAACAGUACUUGAAUUUCCUGUGUUUAAGAAUUGAAGUUUUGAGAAAUAUGCAGAAUUGGACUGAAGUCUGAUCUGAACUCAUUCUUCUUCAUGUUUAAUUAAAUUAAAACAAAACGAACAGAUGCUAAAUUGAGCUUUAUGUGUGCCUGUGAAUCUCACGGCUGAAGAGCUCAAAGAGUUGUGCAGGAUUCAGAGAGAGAGAGAGAGAGAGUAAAGCGAGAGCAAGAGAUUCAGCUUGCUGCAAGACUUCUCACUCCUGGAUUUCUCUGUCUUGAAUAUCUAUAAUGAUACAUAAUGACCUUGGUUCCUAAACCUUCACUGGAUUACAGAGCAGAGGAUUAAACCACCACCUCGCAAGACAAAGAGUGUGAGGAGGACUUCAGGAUGCUGUGUGAAUUGCAGGGUUUUUACUCUUGGUCCUCAUAGAUCUGCAAACUUGUAAUUCUCAACGAUGACUUCAUCAUCUGUUGGAGACCACUGAAUUUUUUUUUUUUUUUUUUGGACCUAUUAGACUGCACCUUACAAUAACUACUACACCAGAGACAGAAGGAUGAACGGGUUGGCAGAGACCUCAGUGAAAUGCGUACUGGUUGGGGACUGUGCGGUGGGUAAAACUGCACUUCUUGUACGAUUCACUUCUGAAACGUUCCCAGAAAGCUAUAGACCCACUGUCUAUGAAAACACUGGAGUUGAUGUUUUCAUGGAUGGAAUCCAGAUUAGCUUGGGACUGUGGGAUACAGCAGGACAUGAUACAUUCCGCCAAAUCCGCCCCAUGUCCUAUCAGCAGGCGGAUGUGGUUUUGCUAUGUUAUUCGGUAGCAAAUCCAAAUUCGUUAAGCAAUUUGCGGCAAAAAUGGAUCGCUGAAGUGAGGGAAUUUCUUCCGAGGGUACCUGUGCUGGUUGUUGCCACACAGACAGACCAUCGUGAGAUGGGCCCGUAUCGUGCCAACUGCACCACUGCCUCAGAGGGCAAACAAGUGGCACAAGAGAUCCGUGCCAAAGGAUAUCUAGAAUGCUCGGCUCUCAGCAAUCGAGGUGUGCAACAGGUUUUUGAGUGUGCUGUUCGAACAGCUGUUAAUCGGGCAAGAAGACGGACAAGGCGGAGACUCCUUGACUUAAACCCCUGUAAAGUUUCCUGAAUGCUUUUAAAACAGGGAUGUUAUUUAAUUCUCUUCACUAAGAUAAAAUUGUUUCUCACACACAACACCAACUAACUGAAGCCUCAACAAAGACUUCUUAACACUGAUUUCUUAAUACUGUUUACCUAAAAGACUAUUUGAUUUUGAGUCCUCUAGUGAGGUUCUGAAAACUGACCAUAAGUUAGACACAUUACACAUAUUGAACAGAUAUUUAUUCAUUAAACAGCUGUGGACUUUUAAUUUUAUGAAUUUUACGAGUUGAGUAUAUCAUUUAAAAGACAGAUGUGUCUUUUAUUGCACUGCUACUCCAAAUGUACAUUUGUAGAUUGUAGUUGAAAUCUUAUUUUAAAUUUCAUUCUUUUAGCUUUCUUUUUAUGGUUUCUUGCGAAAGAAAUGGAACCCUUAAAACUCGUUCUUUGUCUGCUGGUCCCUUCUCCUAGACCUGUGAAAUAAGGAGUCACAUUAGCUCAUAAUGCAACACUGAGAUCACAUUCUGUAAUCUUAAUUUUAGAUGGCAAAUAAAUCACUUUGGUUAUGUAUUUCUGAUUUGCUGAUCACGCUUUUUAUCUGUGAUAUGCUUUUUAUGGAGCAAGAUAAAAUGAGAAUUUCUGUCCUGAAGUUCUUAUUCUUAAAAGAUUCUUUUCAUAGUCUUUAUGAAGUAACUUAAAUAAGUAGUUGUUUUAAUAAAAAAGAGUUAAGCUGGUAA